CAAAGGAAGUCAUAUUGCAUCACGUGUGUAUUUUUUCAAAGCCGUGCUGGCGGGGUCAGAGUUCAGUAAAUACUGAUGAUGUCAUCGUCUGAAGAUGGCUGAAGGAGAAGGUUGGUGGGGAGGCUGGCUUCAGCAGAGCUUCCAGGCCGUCAAAGAAAAGUCAUCUGAGGCCUUAGAAUUCCUAAAGCGAGACCUGACUGAGUUUUCCACUGUGGUGCAACAUGACACAACCUGCUCAAUUGUGGCUACAGCCACUGCUGUCAGGAACAAACUUGCAGUGGAAGGUUCCUCUGAGACCACAGAGAAGGUGAAGAAGAGCCUCUCUAGUUUCUUAGGGGUGAUAUCAGACACACUUGCUCCACCACCUGAUAAAACCAUUGACUGUGAUGUGAUCACAUUGGUGGCAACGCCAGCGGGAACCACAGAGGUUUACGACAGCUCUAAGGCACGUCUCUACAGUUUGCAAGCUGACCCUGCUACAUACUGCAAUGAGCCCGAUGGUCCCCCAGAGCAGUUUGACAACUGGCUGUCCAGCUUCAGUCUGGAGGAUAAGAAAGGAGAAAUCUCAGAGCUUUUGGUCAACAGUCCCUCUAUACGAGCCCUUUACACCAAAAUGGUGCCAGCAGCUGUAGCCCAUUCAGAAUUCUGGCAGAGGUAUUUCUACAAAGUCUUCCAGUUGGACCAGGAGGAGGCCAGGAGAGUGGCACUGAAGCAGAGGGCGGAGCAGACCACACACACCGAGACGCUGGGCUGGGAGGAGGAGGAGGAGGAUGACUUCCUCGGCGCCACAUCAUCAUCUCAUCUCAACUUCACACCGCCCUUGGACAACAGCUCCACCCAGCUGCCCACAACCUUGACAGGAACAGGAACAACUCUGCUGAGCCCUGUGCUGUCUCCCAGCGAAGAGCGCAAUGCCACCCUCUCAGUUAGCAGCGACAGCGUCAGCCUGCCAACGCAGGUGGAGGUGCGGCCAGAGCCAGUUGCCGUGGAGCUUGCCAAGAAACUGACAGAAGCCAGCUUGGAAGAUGUUGCAGACAAGACACAAGAAGAGCAUAGGCCUGGAAAGAGUGACUUGCCUCUUGAGGCUCAAGUGGAAGCUGUAGCCCAGCCAGAGGUCACCGUUGACGGGGCAUCAGUGCGCGCUCCUGCCCCCGCCUCUAAACCAGAAGCAGCAAAAGAGGAGGGGCCACAGGACCUGAGAGUGUUCGAGCUUAAUUCCGACAGCGGGAAAUCUACGCCCUCUAACAAUGGCAAGAAAGGUUCCAGCACCGAUGUGAGCGAGGACUGGGAGAAAGACUUUGACCUGGACAUGACAGAAGAAGAAGUCCAAAUGGCACUCUCUAAAAUAGAAGCUUCUGGAGAGAUGGACGAAGACUGGGAGAACUGGGACUGAGAGCCACUGCAACACGAACUCUGUCCCACCAUUAAAGCUAGUUCUCAGCAGACGAACCAUGCUUAACGUGUUUUAACUCUUUGUCCACACUGUCACCAUGUCAUGAUCGUCAGUAGGGGAUUUUCCACCGGGUUUGGACCAUAUUGGUAAACCUGUUGACAAGAACAACAGGAAGACCAAGGCAAUAAGAAUUCGACUGCUCCUGUCAGUUUAGUGCAGAUAGGCCGCUAGCGAGGGUAAUGACUCAGGUCUUGGCUAUUUCUUCUGACUUAGAGAGCAUAAGACACUAGUAAUAGAAAGAGGUUGUUCUCAUUCUGACCCUUAAAGCUUAAGAACAAGCAGUGACAAGUCAAAGAGUGUGAAAUGUUUCACUGCAGCAAGGGAGGAGCUGAUUUCCCUUUUUCUUUAUGGCAUUAAAUGCAUCAUGUAUGUUGCAAGUAUAUUUCCAGUUAGGCAAUGACUUAACUGCAGGCUGCAAAAUAGCCAUAAACUCAAAUGCUGCUUGUCACCUUUCUAAGAUGAAAUACUCCACAAGUGAUUUUUGAACGGUGAAGAUCGAUUUGAUUUAAUUCUACCUGUGCCCCCUUUCUUCCUUUCUUUCUUAUGCAAGUGAAUCUCCAAACUGAGAAGAAAUGUUUUGGCCUUCUUUCAUAGAGCACUCUUCAUUUUGGAUUCACUCCCAACUUUAGAUAUAUGGCCUUGUAAAACACACAGUAGUGUGAUAAUGUUAUCCAAAUGUUUUUCUUACAAGUCAGUCGUCUGAAACACAACCAGCUAACGUGUCAUUAUCCGUUCUUUCCCCUUUCUAUCAUAUCACAUGAUUUAUUUGAAUAUAUGAGCUUGUUGCGGACUACAUGUCACUUUUUUGUGUCUCACUUCUUUGAGUUGUUUAUCCGUUUGUCUUAAUCGGGUAGAGGGAACUUAUUAAUUAUCACUCAUUAAGAGAGAAGUCGCAUUUGAUUCAAUAAAGAGAAUUCAAACUGGUCCUGGUGUCAUGAUACCAGAUUCUUUGGCUUGAAAUUGAGGGGCAGCAUCUUGUUAUUUACUUGUAUUGGAGAAUAUGACAAAUCUGUGGCGUUUGAAGUUUCUCUGCUGGCCAAUGUUUGGAUUGAAAUAGCUCAGCAGGCAGUGUGCCAAGUAGACCAAGGAGCAACGUGAGCACUCCAUGCUUUCCUGAUUUCCUUUUCCAUCAUCUGUAAUGUAACUGAGAAAAAAAUAAUCCUAGAGAUGUAAUAUUUAUACUAAAAUAAAUGCUUAAUUAUUGUAUUAUGUGCUUUGGAUUGCAUGUCUGUGCAAUAACAUGCAAAACAUUGUGCAGAUGGUUACUGUUGAGUUGUAUGUUUGACAUUGGCUGUUCUUCAGGUUUUUGUGUUCUGACAAUGUGUUGCAUGUCUAUAAUUCUCGGCUGUGUAUUCCCUUCAGAUCGACACUUUGAGCUGAUCAAAGCUACUCUAAACACAUCUGUUUUCAAAGCUGUCAAGUUUCUUUUUUUUAAGUCAAGUAUUUCACUAUAUUUUUCAAAUGAUCAUUGUCAUUAAAGAAUUCAUGGCAAAUGG